GUGAAGCCGUCUGCACUCACUCCCUCCUUCAGCUGAACUUCCUCACCCUGCGACCAUGGCCAAGGACAUGACUCUGCUGUGGGGCUCCGGCUCUCCCCCCUGCUGGAGGGUGCAGAUCGCUCUGGAGGAGAAGAACCUGCAGGGAUACAACCAGAAGCUGCUGUCCUUUGAGAAAGGGGAGCACAAAUCCAAGCAGGUCCUGGAGAUCAACCCCAGGGGUCAGCUUCCUGCCUUUAAACACGGAAACAUCAUCCUGAACGAGUCCUGCGCCGCCUGCUUGUACCUGGAGCACCAGUUCAAGUCUCAGGGGAGCCAGCUGAUCCCUGAGGGCGCCGCCGAGGUCGGCCUGAUAUACCAGCGCAUCUUUGAGGCGCAGACUCUCGCCCAGAAAAUCGGUGAAGUUCUCUACUACAACUGGAAGGUUCCAGAAGGGGAGAGGCACGACUCGGCUGUGCAGAGGAAUAAAGAGGCCCUGACGGCAGAGAUGAAGAUGUGGGAGGGAUACCUGCAGGGAUGUGGAGGCUUCCUGGCUGGAAAGUCUUUUUCUUUGGCCGAUGUGAUUAUUUUUCCAGGUUUUGCUUAUUUCUUCCGAAACGGGGGGAGUGAGGAGCGCUACCCCAACGUGGCGGCUUACUACAAAAGGCUGAAGGACAGACCCAGCAUCAAGAAAACGUGGCCCCCCACCUGGAACGACGGACCUGGACAGGAAGUGCUGAAGGACAUCUGAAACACUUCACCGGUUCUCUUUCCAACCACUCCGUGUCAGUCUCUAAAUUUAGAUUUUGUGAUGUGGACAAAAUAAAUAUGAAUAAAAUUGAAGCGUA